AUGGAGAGUGCCCUCGCAGGUGCCCUCCCUGGCAACAGGAGUGUGGAGGGGUGGGGCGAGGCCCCGUGGGGCGAGGCGGGGCUGUGCCCCCCCUCGGUGAGCGGGACCACCCUCCUGAUCGUGGCGUACAGCACGGUGAUCGCUGUGGGCCUGAUGGGGAACACCUGCCUGGUGUUCGUCAUCUGGCGGCAGAAGGAGAACCGCAACGUCACCAGCAUCCUCAUCGCCAACCUGUCCUGUUCCGACAUCCUCAUGUGUGUGGUGUGUCUGCCCGUCACCGUCAUCUACACGCUGAUGGACCGCUGGAUCCUGGGGGAGGCGCUCUGCAAGGUCACGCCCUUCGUGCAGUGCAUGUCCGUCACCGUCUCCAUCUUCUCGCUGGUGCUCAUCGCCCUGGAGCGCCACCAGCUCAUUCUGCACCCCACCGGCUGGACCCCCGCCGCCGGGCACUCCUACCUGGCGGUGGCCGUCACCUGGAUGGUGGCCUGCUUCAUCUCGCUGCCCUUCCUGUCCUUCAACAUCCUGACCAAUGUGCCCUUCCACAACGACAGCCUGCCCUUCAACCCGUUCAGCGACCACCUGAUCUGCAUGGAGCUGUGGCCGUCGGAGAGGAACCGCCUGGCCUACACCACGUCACUGCUGCUGUUCCAGUACUGCCUGCCGCUGUCGCUCAUCCUGCUGUGCUACCUGCGCAUCUUCCUGCAGCUGCGGCGGCGGCGAGACAUGGUGGAACGGGCGCGGGAGGCGCGGCGCGCCAAGCGGCCACAGCGGGUGCAGCGCGUCAACGCUAUGCUGGCCGCCAUCGUGGUGGCCUUCGCCCUCUGCUGGCUGCCGCUCACCGUCUUCAACACCGUCUUCGACUGGAACCCGCAGGCGCUGGCCACCUGCCAACACGACCUCAUCUUCUCCGCCUGCCACCUGACCGCCAUGGCCUCCACCUGCGUCAACCCCGUGGUCUACGGCUUCCUCAACAGCAACUUCCAGAAGGAGCUGAAGUCGACGCUGCGCCGCUGCCGCUGCUGGGGGGCGCCAGAGAGCUACGAGAGCUUCCCGCUCUCCACCGUCAGCACCGACGUCACCAAGGUGGCCUCCCAGAGGCAGGGCUCCUUCAGCGUGCGGGCAGAGUAGCGCCCCCCGGAGGAAACAUGGGGGAAAAACACAGGGAGGGAGAGGGAUGCGGGGACUGUUUCCUUGGCAGUGUAGCGGCAGCUGGGUGCUGAAGGUGUCCGGGGUUUUCUCUUUAAAAGGACCGUUAUGUCAGUUUACUUUAACGUGACAUCAGCAGCGUUACUGGUCAAUGUCCCUGGACAGAGUGGGACCAGCUGGCUGCCACGAUCAGCGGUGGUGGGGCAGGGGGUUCAGGGGGUGUCCUGCGUUUCGUCUUUAAAGAGAUUUUAAGAUAUGUGUGCUCUCGCCUGACGCCAGUGCCGCCCCAUGCAGGCGACACCAUCCAGCCGGGGGGACGGGCACCGGUCCCGCUGACUCAAACCCGUCCUCGCCAAAGCCGCGUCGCACCCUCAGCUGCCACCUGCUCCCGGGUGUCCGUGGGCCGAGUGACGCAGAUGGGGGGUGCAGGAGGAUCAUGGGUACAGUGCCAGCAUGCGGGGGAGGGAUCAGAGACGGAUGUGUUCCCUCCUGGCAAAGACCCGACAACAGCGUUAGAGAGUUUCCGCCACCAGAGACCACGGCUGGCCGUCGCACCCGGGACCGUGAGCCAAAUAAAGACUACUAUUCCGGAAGCAGCCCUCUGAAGAAGCGCUCAGAUGGGACAGUUUUCACCAGACUGCUGAGGGCUGGGAGCCAGCAGGAUCAGCGUGUCCCCCUGUAACCCGGAGGGCGGGUAAGUGGGACGGCGUCCCCGCUGGGGUCUGCAGUGUUAUCUGUCCCCUGCCUGCCGAGGCAGACCUCUUCCCCGCGCUCCUCUCCGGCUACCCUCGCUUUGCGCUGUGAUCACAGCUGCUGUCUGAAACACGGCUGGACUCUCACAUCUCCAUCACUGCAGCCUCUGAAGCACCACAGAGCUCUCCUCAGCCUUUCCACAUCGUCUGCAGCAGAUCUGUGGUGCUGCAGAGUUGAUACAAAAAAUCAAAAAUGUCUCAUCGUCUGAGAGAGCUUCUUCUGUCUGCUCUUCUCACGCACUGACAACGUCUUGGACUGAAAUUACAGACCAAGCUCUCAAAGAACAGUGCUUCUUUGGCUUCCUGUGGCAGAUUAGUGUUGCCUCUGUGAUUGGCUGAGUCUCGAGUCUCCACCCAAUCAGAGCCCUGGACCAUGAAUACUUUUUUUUCAGGAGAAAAUCACUCAUUUUUUGCACUCAUCCCAGAGAAAUUGUCUGUGCUCCAUUCCACCUGAGCGCGCUCUCUAGCUGCGUACGGCGCAGCCAAAGAUUCAAUUUCAGACUCCGCAGACUGACGUCUGAAAUAAAUGGGUCAUUAGAAUUUAAAUCACUUUAAACCUUGCAUUUUUCCAUUUUCAGCAAUUGUGCAGGAGAAUUGCAUGGCUUUUAGUCGUCAGUGCCAUUACCCGAGGAAGCCUCACGGGGCAGUACUGAGCUAAAGGUAAUUCCCAGAGUGACAUUGCAAGGAGAAGGGGAAAAUUAUUGCCAGCUGAUGUACCGCUUUCAUCCGCCACCAAGAUUGAUUAGAGCAAUUACCUCGCUCUCCGCCAGACGUAUUUCAUUCUUUGCUGCCCUCGGGCUGCUGAUCUGCCUUCUGCCACAAAAUGUUAGAAAAUGCCAAUCUUGUGUUACAUGUACUAUGAAAAGCUACUCCACCCUGCCAGGUUAUGCUAUUAGCUGUACAGUAAGCGUUUGAUGUUCACUGUUCUGUUCCCAGCUGAAAGGAACACUCCGACAACGUGGCCGCGCUGCUGUGAUGUCACAGAAACAUUGUGAGAUCAUAACCGACCGUUAUUGGAA